UUUACCGCUUCUCUGUGAAACUGAAUUUGUAUUUUGUGAUUGUGAAGGAACUUGUGUGAAUUUUCUCUACUGUAAAUCUGGUGAAUCCAUUCUGACGAGAGACCGUUUGAUUUCCUUCCACCUAAAGUUGAUGUGUUCUGCGAUUUCAAUUAACUAAAUGAAGAUUCGAUUCAAUACAAAUUACAUGCUUUUAUUUAGAUCUGUUCCAAACUAAAUCCAGAUCCGUGAAUUUUGCGGCAUCCGGCUGCUUGUUGUACCCUCUUCUUACUACUGUACUAGUAUCACUUUGUUCUGAAUGCAACUUUGAAAUGUUAUAGUUGAGCUAUGAACGACGACAAAAUGAAUUCAAAUAACAUUGAAGCGGAAUAUAUGGACAUAGCGGUUAGAAAUGCGUGGCCUAUCAUCUACCAGAAAAUUGGGAGAGAGUGUCAAUCUUACACGUACACAUGUCUAGAAGCGAAAAAACCUAAAAAUAAGCCUUUAAAUCGGUACAGAGAUGUGAACCCAUAUGAUCACAGCCGUGUUAUCUUGAAGCGAUGUGAAGUAGAUUACAUCAACGCUAAUUUCGUAAAGAUGGACCGAGCGAAUCGGAAAUACAUUCUUACACAAGGGCCGCUUGCAUUCACCGUUGGUCAUUUUUGGCUUAUGGUCUGGGAACAAAAUUGCCGUGCAAUACUAAUGCUCAACAAGAUUAUCGAGAAGAAUGAAAAGAAAUGCCACUGGUAUUGGCCACACGGCAUUGGGGAAGAGGAAAAAUUUAUUCUUAGCGACGUCAAAUUAACUGUAGAGCAAAUAAGUGAAGAGGAUUGCAGCUACUAUACUACACGAGUUUUUAGGAUCUUUGAUAUGGAAACUUGUGAAAGUCGUGAAGUGGUACAGUUCCAUUACACCACGUGGCCAGACUUCGGCGUACCCUCGUCGCCAGUGGCAUUCCUUGAAUUUCUGAAGAAGGUGCGCUCCUCGGGUGCGCUCGACUCCAACGUGGGCCCUGCGGUGGUGCACUGCAGCGCGGGGAUCGGCCGGUCAGGGACAUUCUGCUUGGUGGACUCGUGCCUUGUUAUUAUUGAAAAGGAAGGUUUAGAGAGUGUUAAUAUCCAGCAAGUUCUAUUGGAAAUGCGCAAGGAUCGUAUGGGCUUAAUACAAACUCCAGACCAAUUGCGAUUUUCAUAUCAAGCUAUUAUCGAAGGGUACAAGAGAUUCGAUCCGAAUUUCAAAGAAGAUCCAAAAAUGGAUGAGAGCAUAUACUCUGCCGUUGCCGAAGAAGAGGAUGCGCCGCCGCCUCCUCCGCCGCGCGCCGAAAGCCUCACCAGGGCCCCCGCGAGGCCGCUUCCCAAUAUACCAACCAGUGCUUCGCUCGGCAACCUGAACUACAACUCGGAGAGUUCGAGUUCCGAUGAGGAGCCACCCGUGCGAGAGUGUCCAUCCCCGACCCCCUCCGCCGACGAUGAAGACGACGAACCUGCCUCUCCCAGUGAGAGCGGCGAGAGCGCGGGCGCGCUGCGCCGGCGCCGCACGCGCGAGCUCGCCGACCGCAUCUCCGUGAUGAAGAAGCGCGGCCGCGACGCCGAGCGGUGGCGCGCACUCAAGAGGUCUUUAUACAAGCCACUCACCAUCACAUUCGGAUUCAUACUAGCCGGCAUUGUCAUCUACACAUACGUCAAACAUUAACCCGACGCUCUAUCUUCCCCAUGUACUCUGUACGCCCAAUGUAUACGUAGAUGUAUCGUCCGUCACCCGUCGCGGCCGCACUAAGCUAUACAGUGAACGCCGGCGGGAACUGUAGUCCGUAAUGGACACCAUAGUUACUAUGUUAUCAUAUAAUAUGUAUAUUAUUCAGGUGAAGUAGCUUUUGUACAAAAUCCACUCACGAUGUUGAACAAAGUUUGUUUAUUUGCUUGAUUUUUUAUAUUUUUGUUAAUAGAUUCCCAGAGCUGUAUUUUGAACAGGCGUGGUCGAUUUUGCUAUAAUGCCAGCUGCAGUGUGGCGAUCGCAAUCGCCUCUGAUUGUAUUGUUGCAGCAAAAUCACACUAAUUUAGAUUUAACAGUGGUUGAUGCAGCUUUUCUGCAAUCGGCUAGCAGGAAUCUCUGUGGCAACUAGCACUACCAUAAAAGAUAGGAAACUUUGUUCAUGUUGAUUCUUUUAAAGUGGCAACCUAUGUAUGAUGAUAAGAAAGCAGCUACUGAUAGAAUGAUCUUGGCUUAGUUAGAUAAGAACUUCUAAGAACUAAAAUUCUUCGUAUUAUGUUUAAUGAUUCGGGUGGCUGCCACACAGAUACCUGAUUAAAACUCACCUCAAUAUAUAUAUAUAUUACUUAUUAAAUCAAAUAAAGACGUUUUCGCAUGCUACCAAACUUGAACUUUAGUUUUAUAAGGACUUUAGAAAGGUCUAAAUCUGCAUAAUAAUCAUUCCUACUUUUAUUUCGUUGUAUAAGAUAAAAUAAUAAAAUAAAUAUCGCAAUAAUUGUGGCAAUAUAAAAAUGUCACAUUCGGUUACACGACAAAGUUUUCACUACAGUAAGUAAUCAACCUUAUAAUUUGAUGUUACAUAAAAAAUACAGUAGCUAUCGCUGUCCGUAUGUGUCAAUGAUUUGGUGAUUAUAAUGCGAUUGCCCAUUUGUUAAAAUGUCAAUUACUGUUCACAUGCCAUAAGCCUAGUAUUAGUGUGGCUGUAGUGUUAAAGCCAAUGCAUACGUUCCAAUUGCAUUUCAAUAAUAUAUUUACGUUAUCAGUGAAAUUAUGUUUACAUAAAACAUUAAUAUUCAUGCUAGAAAUGCUGAAGCAUAAUUUAUCUCAUAAUAAUUUAUCAGACAUUUCAAUUUUCUAGUUUUUUUUUUUUAUAGUGAAUUAACAUUUUGUUUUUUCUUUCUUAAAUUAAAUAAUUUAAACGAUCAACUUUGGGUACUACUUUGUCUAUUUUUUUCAUUCGGUACAAUUAAUUGAUUUAUAUAUUAUAAUAAAAAAUACCUUAUGUUGUGAUAGAUUUCUUAUGAAAGUGAAGAUUUCGAUAUGAUUAUAUGAAUCAUCAAUUUACUAUAUUUAAUUAUUUUGCUUACAGUACGUUCAUCAGCAUUCUAUGUAACGAAAUAACCCAAAAUAUUAAAUGGUACAGCGAAAAUAUCUUUAGUUCGUUAGGAAUAAAAUUUCUAUAAAUGUAAUUUUCUAUGGGAAAUUUAUACACUCCUUUCGUAUUUUUAUAUCUUAUCGAAUCCGUAAAAAUUACUAAAUAUACCAAUAGUGAUAGCUAAAGAUUAAAGAUCUUUUAUUAGAUAAGUUAAUAGUCACUUUACUGACCCCAAAAUCAACACUACAGUGUUUUUGAGGAGGUAAAGGAAGGUGCACAAAGAUCUGUCAAAUUUUAUCAGUUACAAUUGAAUAUUUCAAUAUUGCAUCUUAUGUUUCUAGUACAUAUCUAAUAAACCAAGUUCUAAUAAAACAUUUUCUCUAAUCAAAACGGCGACGCACUGGCACUAUAAUAUUUUACACAAACCAUUUUAAGCUACUUUCGACCCCACCAUAACUCAGAAACUAAUUAGACUUACACGUUUACAAUUUUGCACAUCUAUCAAUACCCUUUUAAACACCAAGAAUCCUAAAUCAUGAAAAAACAUUUACACUUUUCAAUAAACGAUAACUUAAAUACUUCUUCACGAAUUUUGAAACCAUUUUUGGUCUUUAUUUCAUGUAAAUAAGUAAGUGUGUUCACUUAUAAGGUGUUGCAUGUAAAAAAAAUUAAGAUUGAUUCAUAUUUUUUAUCUUUUCGGAUUACUUUUGAUUUACAUAAUAAAAAUGAUAAGUAACUUACCCCUUCAUUAAAUAUGUAUCGAACUGAAUCUGACUGUAAUUUUAAAUAAUAAUUAGGUCGGCAGUGCCUUCUAAUUGAAGUUCGCGUAUUUGAUAAAUGAUUUUCUACACUAAGUAUAUAGUGCAAUAAACAUUACUUAGAUACUUAAAAAUAACAAUUUUAUGUUUUGGUGAAUAUACGUCCAUUGCCCCAAUCAUCUCAUCAUUAAGUACGUAACAGUAAAUAAAUCAGAACUAAACAAUAAUUAUUAUUAGCCUAUAAAUUACCUGCGUCAUAAGAAUGACGUUAUCAUACAAAUUUAAACUAAAAAGUGACAUUUUAUACGAUUAUAGUGGUCUAAACUGUAACACUGUAAUAAACAAUACUGUUUGGUUCGUAGACUGACGGUCAGAAAUGUUAUAUGUUAAUUAAAGCCAUCGAUUUAGAAUUAAUUCAAAAUUAAGAGUCAGGAACAAAACCUCAACGGUCAAGUGACCAUAUUUGCAAAAAGUUUUAUGAUAUCAACAACUUUUUAUUAUAAACCAUACUUAACACUUGAGCAUAAAGUUUAGUGACGAUUGCAAAAUAUAUACAUUCAAGCCCUCUUGUAAUCGAAGACAAGGAAAAAAAUAGUUAAUAAUAUUAUUUGGUAAUUUGAAGAGAAAGUAAUGUACUGUUUUGUAUCAUGAGUCAUGUAUGCAACAGCUUGGAACUUAAAUGUUAUCACUAUUUAUGGGGCAUGUAGAAUGCUAGAAGUAGGGUAGUUUAAAAUAAUA